AUGAUCAUGCAUUCAACUAGCCUGUUUAUAAAUCCAUACGCAAUUGAAGUCCUAAGGACUAAAAAAGAAGAGCUAGUAGAAGGCAUAAAUGACCCAGACCAUCUUCUGAACUGGCUGAUAGACAAUGGUAUUUUUACCCCAGAAAAGAAGAUGGUCAUGAGUUUCUACAGGACACGAACAGAAAAGAACUCUCGAGUUUUAGACAUACUAAUUUCUCAAGUCACUAAAGGCUAUCUUCCUGAGUUAGAGAAAACAUUGAAAGAUAAUGAUAUUAAUGCACUAAACUCUUCAAGUGAAACACUUCUGCAUGUUGCAGCCGCUAAUGGACAUCUAGCGAUAAUGGAAUAUUUGAUCAGCAAAGGUGCUAAGCUAGAUGUGAAGGACAAGAAAGGAAGAACACCACUGCACAGGGCUGCUGAGAAAGGCCAUGGUGAUGCAGUGAAGGUGCUUCUCCGAUGUGGUGCUUAUAUGUACAGUUUGGAUACGGAAGGCAAGACACCACUUCAUUUGGCUGCGCAGAAUAACCACAGUCACAUAUUGAAGAUGCUCUUGAAAGAAGAGGCAAGAAGCUACAGGAACCAGCACAACUUUUUGCACAUGGCAGCUCUUAAAGAUGAGAGCAGUCUGGCAAAAAUGCUUUUAAAGGCUGGUGCCUCCACUGAUGGAAAGGAUGAAAGAGGACAGACUGCUCUCAGUUAUGCUGUUUCUCAGGGGUCUGAAAAUACUGCAAAAGUACUGCUAGAAGCCGGAGCCAGUGUUGAUUCCAACAUGGCCGAAAGAGCCUUCAACAGCAACCACCCAUCCAUCUUCAAAAUACUACUAGAAUAUUCUAAAGAUUUGUCAUCUGAUGUAAUGGAGUCAGCUCUUUUUAGAGCUGUACAGAAAAAUCUGCAUGGUAUUGUAGCAGCUUUAAUUGACAGAGGUACAGAUAGAAACGCCUACAAUGAAAUGCAGUACACUCCUUUACUCCUGGCGUGUGAAACAGGCAAAGCUGAAUCAGCAGAAGUUCUAAUCGAAAAGGGAGCAAACUUCGGAAUAAAGACUCCUGCUUCAGACACAGCUUUGCAUUUGGCAGUUCAAGCUGGGGCUGCUUCCAUCACAAAUCUGCUUCUGCGCAAGGGGAUGGAAGUUAACCUUAUGAACCAAGCCGAUGAAAGCCCACUCCACGUUGCUGCACUUCAUAAUAAAGGACCAUUAGUUGGCCUUUUAGUUAAUGCUGGGGCCAAAAUUAAUGCUGUCACUAAAAAGUUUGUUACUCCCCUGCAUAUUGCAAGUCAAAGAGGUAACACCGAUGUUGCCCAACAGCUGUUGCACCACAAAGCCAAUGUUAAUGUUAAGGAUAAGCAGUCAAAAUCACCUUUACAUUUUGCUGCUGAAAGGGGAGACAAAACAAUGGUAGAGAUGCUUCUUAAUGCUAAUGCUGACCCCAAUGCACAAGACGAGGAGAAAAAGACUCCCCUGCACACUGCAGCUGUGAGAGGACAUCUCAGUAUUGUGAAAGUUCUGUUAGCUAAAAAGGGAAGAUUUGGAGCUAAGGACAUGGAUGGAUGUACUCCGAUGCACUAUGCAGCCAUCAAAGGAAACACAGAGAUCGUAAAAAUUCUUCUGACAUCAGGGAAAAAUAAAAAUAUUGAUGAUAGAAACAUUUGGAGAAAGACCGCACUGCAUAUUGCAGCGGAAUAUGGACACAGUGACUUGAUAAAUCUAUUACUGAGCUAUGGGGCAGCCAUUAAUGCCUUAGACAGCAGCAAGGAUACACCAUUGCAUUUAUAUGAUUAG